AUGAGUUUCCUCACGGAGAAGAACGAAAGCCUAGAAGCAUUUCCAAGUUUUUCACCGAAAGGCAUCAAGGUUGGAGAAAAAGUUUCAACAUGCUGUUAUAUUAUGGGAUACUUUAAAAAAGAACAUCUGUACCACAAAAGAAUGUGUCAGAUGAGAGCUUCUUCAUUAAGUGCUGAUCAUACAUUUAAAGUGUCUGCAAAUAUUGGCUUUUGGUGUGAGGGAAAGUGGAUACAGCUGUAUGACAGUUAAUUCAUAGUUAUGAACGAAAUCGGCAUAGUUUUAGCCUGUAAACUUUGCAAGGGAACAGCUUUCGAUUAA